AUGGCGGGCGGCGCUGCUGUGGCGCCGGCCGGGCGGCGGCAGGACUACCCCGGUGGGCUGACCCCGUUCGUCUUCAUGGCGUGCAUGGUGGCGGCCACGGGCGGGCUCAUCUUCGGCUACGACAUCGGCAUCUCCGGCGGCGUCACGUCCAUGGACCCCUUCCUCCUCCGCUUCUUCCCGUCCGUGUACCGGAAGCAGGCGGAGGCGGCGGACGGCGGCAACCAGUACUGCAAGUUCGACAGCCAGCUGCUGACGCUCUUCACCUCCUCGCUCUACGUCGCCGCGCUCGUCGCCUCGCUCUUCGCGGCCUCCGUCACCCGGGCUGCCGGCCGCAAGUGGUCCAUGUUCUACGGCGGGCUCACCUUCCUUGCCGGGUGCGUGCUCAACGGCGCCGCCAUGAACGUGACCAUGCUCAUCCUGGGCCGCGUGCUGCUGGGGAUCGGCGUCGGCUUCGCCAACCAGAGCGUGCCCGUCUACCUGUCGGAGAUGGCGCCGGCGCGGAUGCGCGGCAUGCUCAACAACGGCUUCCAGCUCAUGAUCACGCUCGGCAUCCUCUUCGCCAACCUCAUCAACUACGGCACCGACAGGAUCGCCGGCGGGUGGGGCUGGCGCCUCAGCCUCGCGUUCGCCGCCGUCCCCGCCGCCAUCAUCACCAUCGGCUCCGUGUUCCUCCCGGACACGCCCAACUCCCUCCUGGAGCGCGGCCGCCCCGAGGAGGCCAGGCGGAUGCUGCGGCGCUUGCGCGGCACCGACGACGUGUCCGCCGAGUACGACGACCUGGUGGCGGCCGGCGAGGUGUCCAGGGCCGUCUCCCGCCCGUGGCGCGACAUCCUCCACCGCAAGCACCGGCCCCAGCUGGUGAUGGCGGUGGCGAUCCCCCUGUUCCAGCAGCUGACGGGCAUCAACGUCAUCAUGUUCUACGCGCCCGUGCUCUUCAAGACGCUGGGCUUCGGCGGCAGCGCGUCGCUCAUGUCGGCGGUGAUCACCGGCCUCGUCAACCUCGCCUCAACCCUCGUCUCGGUGUUCACCGUGGACCGCGUCGGCCGGCGCGCGCUGCUCCUGGAGGGCGGCGCCCAGAUGCUGGCGGGGCAGGUGGCCGUCGGCACCCUCAUCGGCGCCAAGUUCGGGUGGAGCGGCGUGGCGACGAUCCCGGCGGGCUACGCGGCGGUCGUGGUGGUGGUGAUGUGCGCCUACGUGGCCGGCUUCGCCUGGUCGUGGGGCCCGCUGGGGUGGCUGGUGCCCAGCGAGGUGAUGCCGCUGGAGGUGCGCCCGGCGGGGCAGAGCAUCACCGUCGCCGUCAACAUGCUCAUGACCUUCGCCGUCGCGCAGGCCUUCCUCCCCAUGCUGUGCCGCCUCAAGUUUGUGCUCUUCUUCUUCUUCGCCGCCUGCGUCGUGGUCAUGACGCUCUUCGUCGCCUUCUUCCUGCCGGAGACCAAGGGCGUGCCCAUCGAGGACAUGGCCGGCGUCUGGAAGGCGCACUGGUACUGGAAGCGGUUCGUCGAUGACGGCGAGGAUGCCGACGGCAAGGGAGACGUCGAGAUGGGUACAGUGGUUUAG